UUCACUCAGAGAGCACACGGACGCGGAGGACAGCAUCUGCAGGAUUUCGGCGUUUUGAACUGUUUUUUAAAAAACGGUCAACAUGGCUGUGGCUGAAGCAGUGAUGCCUGCCUUAAUCUCGUUUCCGAGUCUCAAAGGACUGGAUAAUGUGGAUGGGGGUGUGCAGAACAGCGCAACAAGUGACGCAAAUAACCCGCCGUGGGAAGUGGAGUUCAACAUGGUGCGUUCUCCUGCUUUACCCUCCAAAGAUGACGACGAACUGGGAAGGUUUUUGGAUCUCGAUUUUAUUUUGUCCAACACCAUCGGCCGCGAUGCUUUAAGCGACAGCGACGGCAAUGGGAACAUCCCACCAACGCAGCAGCAGCAGAACUGCAUGUAUUCUCUCCCGGAUUCGCCGGAAAGCUGCAGCGGUGGUUCUGUGACAGAGUGCAGCGAUCAUCCUCCCUCUCACCUGGGCUGCCACGGGACUGCAAACGUCGCAAAGUCAAGCCCAGCUCAUAGUCUUAUGGUGGAGCUUCUCAGGCCUGAGAUAGGUUACCCGGCUGAUGCUUCACCGGACUGCGCAGGCAAGGAGAGAGAUGACCGAGAAUUCACCGAACUGCGAGCUUUGAAUUCAGCCUCAAUUCCAUUGGCUCCCCUUCACCGCCCAGCUGCCACCACACCGAUCCCGCUUGGAUAUACAAUCAAAACCGAGUCUGGAGGUUCAUCUUGCAUGAUGGCCGCCAGCGGUAAGAACUUUAUGGAACACGUUCACGGGAAAAACCUAAUGCAACCAGUAACCUUUACGCACCACCAGGCUGCAUUUCAUGGUGGGUUGCAGGCUCACGGCGCGCAUCCCAUGCAGCACGCUGCAUCCCACGGACAUAUGGCACACUACCACUUAAACGCGCAAAUGAGCUCUCACCAUCCCAGUAAUCAAAGCCAUCUCCAGGGUCAAUAUAUGAACGCGCCAUAUCACUCGAUUUACGCACACCAGGGUGUGCAAUCGUUUCAGGGACACUACAACGCGCAGAGGGAGCAGGUCCACGUUCACCAGCAGCAACAGCAGCAGCAUCCACUGUCGAUGCAGGGGAUGGUGCUCACUCCUCCCUCUUCUCCUUCUUCGGUUCUGCUCGAGUUUUACUCGCAGGAUGAGACCGGGUGCAUGAAGCAGAAACGAGCCCGCAGGUCGUGGGCUAGAAAACGCGCUGCCACGCACAACUGCGAGUUCCCCGGCUGUGGAAAGACCUACACAAAGAGCUCCCAUCUCAAAGCGCACAUGAGAACACACACAGGUGAGAAGCCCUACCACUGUAACUGGGAAGGAUGCGGCUGGAAGUUCGCCAGAUCAGACGAAUUGACCCGCCACUUCAGAAAGCACACUGGACACAGACCCUUCCAGUGCCACCUCUGCGAACGUGCCUUCUCCCGCUCAGACCACCUGGCUCUCCACAUGAAGAGGCACAUGUAGGCCACAGUUCUUUUGGACUCUUGCAUCCAUAAGAAUCCACCCCUCAGAAGAGGACCGACUUGGUUUCUCCCUGCUGGACUGUCCAAAAUCAGUGUAGCAUGAACUGUUUCCCCCAGACAGACAGUUGCAGUUGUCCUCUUCCACUCCACUCUUAUUUUUUUUAUUACCACUUGUAUAAUAUACUGCUAAAUUAAGUGCCUCUGGUGGUUACUGUACAUACAGAAUCUGUGCAUACAUGUAUAACAC